AUGGACGUAAAUUGCUGGUGGGAGUUACUACGGGAUCACUAUCAUUAUAUAGACAACGAAUGGAAGUAUCGCUCUGUAGUCCUUGAUUUUAUACCAUCACGCGGUCUACAUACUGGGGAAGAUAUUGCAACGAUUUUCCACGAAUGUUUAUUGGAAUAUGACAUAAUUGAUAAAAUACAGGGUAUCGCGGUCGACUACGCAACUGCAAAUACCAAAUUUAUGCAUGAAUUGGACAAACAGCUGCCACACUUUGAUUCAGACAAUCAACAUUUCCGGUGCUUUGCUCACAUUUUGAACCUUGGUGUACAAGAUUUAUUAAAGACCUUAGCAUUACACAGUGAAACUGACAAUACGGGACAAGAACAGCAGUAUGAAGACAAUGAAGACGAAACUGAGGAAGAUGAAGAAUAUGCGCCAAAUAUUGCUGACUCACGUACAGCUAUAACAAAAUUACGCAGUAUUUCCAGUAAAAUAAAAAGAAGUGAGAUAUUGAAGAGGAAGUUUCAGCCUGCUUGUGAAGUAGCUGGCGUGCCAUCAAAUCUGAACCCCAUACUCGACUGUCCAACGAGAUGGAAUUCCACACAUGAUAUGAUUGGAUUUGGUUUAAAAGUGAGAACUGGCAUUAACAUAUUGUGCACUUCUGUCACCGAAUUGAAUAAUUUUCAAAUCACAGAUAGUGAAUGGCAAAUACUCGAAAAAAUACAUAAGUUUCUAAUAAACUUUAAACUUCUAUCAACGAAACUUGGUGGAGAAAAGUAUGUUACAUUACUGCUAGUCAUUGUAUCAUUCAAUCUCUUGCUCGAUAAAAUUGAAUCCAUGACGUCAUCUGGAUCUGGAUCUUUUCAUCAAAGCUUAGUUAUAGACGAGUUGGAGGAGUACCUAAGUGAACCCAGAGCCGCCAGUUCGGAAGACAUUUUAGAGUGGUGGAGGACGCAUGAGACAGAAUAUCCGAGUUUAUCGAAGAUGGCCCGUGAUUUUCUUUCAAUACCUGCAACGUCAGUACCUGCUGAGAGAUUAUUUUCCAAAGCAUCAUUAGUAAUUAGAAAACAUAGAAAUAGGUUAAGUGAUGAGUCAGCCAGAUGGUUACUUUGUAUUAAUUCUUGGUCAAAAGAUCUAAAGUAA